AUGCCAGCGCGCCCCGCCUCAAGUCUCCGGGAGAGCCUGCGCAAAGAGAACCUCUCCCGAGUGGCCACGCAGAGCCCCGCAGGCACCGACCCCCGCCCUUCCAACAGCCGCCCCGGGGCCGCGGAGGCGGCUUCUGCAAAGACCCUGCGGAGGCUGACCCGGAGGAAAAAGCACCGGCCGCGGCCCCCGGGAGCCCCGCCCCGCCCCGGGAUGCCAAGCCGCCCCUCCACCUCUCCGCGGCGCCGGCCACCCAGACCUGCCCACCCUCGCCAGGUCGGCCGCCUCCCUCCGCCGCGCCGACCGAGGCCGCCGCAGCCCGACUUCACCUCCCCCGGCAGCCGAGGCCGCCGCUGCCGCAGCCUGGGCCCGCCUUCCAAAGACGGCGGGAGGCAGGAGCGCUGCGGAGGUGGACCGGCGCCACCCCGCACUCGCGUCUCCUCCUCCUGCCUCCUCCCUCUCCCCUCCCGGUUCUCGCCCGCGGCCUCAGUGGCGCCAGACGCUCCGUCGACUCAACCGCUCGCCCCCAGGCCCGCCCUCUGCGCCGCGCGUGGCUUUUGUAGGCCGCGCCCCGCGGCCCGCCCCGCCCCCGGCCGUCCCGGCACCGCCUUUUUCCGGUGCCGGUUCCCGGCCGCCGGUGCUCGUGGGGCGUUAGUUCCAGGCCCAGUUUGGGCUGGCGGUAGGUCGGGAGAGGGCGCGGCAUCCUCGCCAUUGCGCAGAUUGCCGGACACCUGGUGAGGCCGAGGCGACGCCGAGCGCAGGCAGGCCGGAAACCGCCAAGCCCCACUGGACCUGCCUGAUUGUGGGCGGCACCGGUGGGUUCGCGACCUUGAACAGGUGACUCAAAUCGCUCCAGAUGGACAGCGCGCCCUUCGCGGAACUGCCAGAGAAGCCGAGCUUGAGGCUGUCGUAGCCUCACUGGGCAGUCCUGAAAAUCGCAGGGGCGCCUUUGCCUCUCAUAUGGAGUCUUUCAUAGUAGGAUGGGGGAAAAACCUCACCGUUUCCUCACAGGGGACUCAACCUGUAAGAGCUGAAUGCCCAAAAUCAGCAUCGCCAUGAAAACGGAGUAGAGAAAGAACAGAAGAUGCUGAACAUGAGGAGAGGAAGGUUAUGCCUUCACCCUUGAUGACACACAAAAAAAGUGGCCAUAAUAAAAAAUGUGAAGGACACACUGUUGAAUCAAUUGAGUUGACACAAAGUUACAACACAGACUAAGUUGUAGCCCAAGCUAAUGAUGAACCUAAAAAUGGUAUUUUCAGUCAUAUUAAUCAUGAAAUAUCUGCCUUCUAAUUCAUCAGGCAAAAAGGAGCCCUUGGAUCAUAUAGAUUUGGCCAUAAAUUUUGAAUUUUCUACUAAAAAAAAAGGAUAUUUUCCUAAAUGAAUAACUCUAUACAGAUUUACUUCUCAUGGAUUAUAAAAAUGGAUCACAAAAGAAUGCAAAUGCAAAAAUAAUUAAAUUUCAAGUCCAGUAAGGUACAGUCUGUGUAAGUAUAGUGUGACAUUUAUAAGAGAACAUAUCACAGUAGAUACCGUUGAAGCAAUGUGUUCUGAACAAGUUAAAAAGAUGAUUCAGAUAGAAGCUUUUCUGCUAGAGGAACUCUUUAAAACCAUUAAGUCUGGCUUACUUUGAAAGCGCAUGUUUCCAAAACUUUUGUCAGGAGUUUGGUUUAUUUUACCGUCUCCUACUCCCUAUUUUCUAUAACACCGUGACUUGUCUUGCCAACUGUGAGGCAGUAUUUGUGGAAUGCCACCUCCAAGCUUAGCAAGGAAUAACUAUAUUUGAAAUAUGAUAAAAAAGUGUUGCUUCAGGCUGGGCGCGGUGGCUCACGCCUAUAAUCCCAGCACUUUGGGAGCCAAGGCGGGUGGAUCACGAGAGAUCGAGACCAUCCUGGUCAACAAGACGAAACCCCGUCUCUACUAAAAAUACAAAAAUUAGCUGGGCAUGGUGGUGCGCACCUGUAGUACCAGCUAUUCGGGAGGCUGAGGCAGGAGAAUUGCUUGAACCCAGAAGGCAGAGGUUGCGGUGAGCCAAGAUCGUGCUAUUGCACUCCAGUCUGGGUAACAACAGCAAAACUCCAUCUCAAAAAAAAAAAGUGUUGCUUCAAAUCAGUGAUAUAAUAAUACAUUCAUUCACUCAACAAAUAUUUACUGAGCACUUGCUAUGUAGUAGGUGAUGAGGCUAUAAUGGUGACUCAGACAAUGUAGCUUCUGCCUUCAUGGAGGUGAGUUGGAAUUCAGUAAAAGCUAUAGGUGUAAAUGACAAAAACAACCAAAUCAAAAAAAUUAAAAGACGAAAAUACUAAAGACUUGUAUAAUGAAUGGUUUGAUUUCUACAAAAACAGCCAGACUUUAUAUCCUUCGAAAAUGUGAAGGUCUUAAAUAUGCACUAUCUGACAAAUGUUCAAUAGCUGCGGAGAUGAUUAUGCUGUAGUCACUUAAAACUGAUAUAGCUUCAUAUUGUUGAAACUGGGAAGAUAAAUCCACCAAAGUGUGUGAAACCUGGUUGCGUAUGAGGAGAGAUAAGAGAAAUUAUCUUAGACAUUUUGUUUUGGGUGAUAGAAUUGUCACUGAGAGAGAGAAAGCGGGGGUGGGGGGAGAGAGAGAGAAAGUCAUCAAGAAAAAAAGCAAGAAGGCUAAGAAAGAAAAACACAGGAAACAGUAACAUUAGGUUGUUAAAAAUAUAGUACUUUUUGCUGGGCAUGGUGGCUUAUGCCUGUAAUCCAAGCAAUUUGGGAGGCCAAAGUGGGCAGAUCACCCGAGGUCAGGAGCUCAAGACCAGCCUGGCCAAUAUGGCAAAACCCUGUCUCUACUAAAAAUGCAAAAAUCAUCCAGGCAUGGUGGUAUGCCCCUGUAAUCCCAGCUACUCAGAAGCGGAGACAGAAUCACUUGAACCUAGGAGGUGAAGUUUCCAGGGAACCAAGAUUGUGCCACUGCACUCCAGCCUGGAUGAUAAGAACGAAAUUUUAUCUCAAAAAAAAAAAAAAAAAUAUAUAUAUAUAUAUGGUACUUUCACAUACUUGCUAAUUCAUAGGGUGUCUAUUCAAAUAUUUGAGAAGAGAAACUUUAUAUGAAAGUAAAGAACUAAAGUACAAUAAAAAAAUAAAAUAUUGUUUAAAAAAAAGGAAGCAAAGAACUGAGAAAUACAGAUCUCAGGUAGGAAAAAAACUUGCCAUAAUAGUUUAUUUUUAGAGAAAUAUCUAGUUUGUAAGGUUAAUAUUUUGGUAGGCUUAUUUUUUCAUAAAAUCAUAAUUAUACAUUCCUAUUGGUUUUGUUGAUACUGUUUUUCUGAUAUUGAAAUUAAUGCAUUAAUAGUGCUAUACCAUUAAGUCCCUUUGAAAUAAAAGUUCUUUAGAGGAGGAAUAAUCAGUGUAGAACUUGUGAAUGUGUGUCAUUAAAUCCAUAAUAUCAAGCCCAUAAAAAUAUUAUUUCUGUCCAACUUUGAAGUAUUGUUAAAGUGUGAACAGCAUGGGCUUUGGAGCCAGACACACAUGGAUUGGAUUCUUCUUCCUGCCCUUUCCUAGCUGAAUGAUCUUGAGCAAGCUACUAAAAUUCUCUGGGCUUCAGUUUUUUCAGCUGUAAAACAGCUGAUAAUAAAACAGACGUGGCUGGGUGUGGUGGCUCACGUCUGUAAUCCUAGCACUUUGGGAGGCCAAGGUGGGUGGAUCAUGAGGUUAGGAGUUCAAGACCAGCCUGGCCAACCUGGAGAAACUGCAUCUCUACUAAAAAUACAAAAAUUAGGCCGGGCGCGGUGGCUCACACCUGUAAUCCCAGCAUUUUGGGAGGCCGAGGCCGGUGGAUCACAAGGUCAAGAGAUCGAGACCAUCCUGGUCAACAUGGUGAAACCCCGUCUCUACUAAAAAUACAAAAAAUUAGCUGGGCAUGGUGGCGCAUGCCUGUAAUCCCAGCUACUCAGGAGGCUGAGGCAGGAGAAUUGCCUGAACCCAGGAGGCAGAGGUUGCGGUGAGCCGAGAUCACGCCAUUGCACUCCAGCCUGGGCAACAAGAGCGAAACUCCGUCUCGAAAAAAAAAAAAAAUACAAAAAUUAGCCACAUGUAAUUCCAGCUACUCAGGAGCUGAGGCAGGAGAAUUGCCUGGAACUCUGGGAGGUGGAGGUUUCAGUGACCAGAGAUCAGGCCACUGCACUCCAGUCUGAGCAACAGAGCAAGAUGCCAUCUCAAAAACAAAACAAAACAACAACAAAAAAAAACAGAUGCAAUAUUACUUAUUAACAGCAUUGGUAAGGAUUUCAUUUCUGUAAAAGCAUGUGUCUGGAGAAUAGGCCAUGAAAACGUUUCCUCCACUGAGAAAUCUGUAUUUGCUUCUUUUGCCAUAAUACGAAGCCCAGCAUUUCUCCUAGUAGCUGAGGAGAACUAGAGAACUGUGGAAUUUAUGGCUAAGGAAUCCCACCCCUUUUAUUUGAAAGAUAAGAUAUAUAAAGCUUCUGGACAUUUGUGAGUUUUCCAAGGACCUAAAAAAUCUAGGUCUCCUGUCCUCUAGUGCAACGUGCACUCCAGGCUCCUUCAUCCGUUUCCCUUGCUACUUCCAUGGAGUAAAUAACGUACAGAAAUAGACAAUUACACUUGAAGAAUCGAAACCAAAAAGAAUAAGUAAUUGAGUGUUACAGUGUCUUCAACAGAAUUCACUCAGGAAGACAUUUUAAAAUAAUCACAUCUUUUGAUCAAGUAGCCUUUAUUUUAGUAUCUCCCCUAUCAAAAUAAUCAGAGAUGCAAACAAUCAUUUAUUUAUGAAAAUGCUAGGCGCCACAUUUUUUUAAGUGGUGGGAAAUUGUAAACAACAACCUAGACAUUCAAAAACAGAGAAAUGGCUAAAUAAUAUGACUCUAAGCCAUGAAUUUUAAUUCAGGUAAUACAAAUCAUCUUUUCAAAGAAUAUUCAAUGACAUGAUAUUAUAUGAAGUGAAAAAAGAGUGGGACAAAAGCAUGCUAUAAAACAUUUAUUAAGAUGGUGAUUUUAUAAAAUAUUUCAUUUUAAAUAUCCAUGGAAAAGGCUGAAAGAUGUUUUCCUCUUUGUUUUUAUAACAUUUUUAUUUUUUAUAUAAAACUGAAAAAAGUAUUUUCCCAAAAACAUGAAAAUUGCCCCCUCCAUUGAUUACCAUUAUUUUUUAAAAUAUAUAUAUUUUAUUUCACUUUAGGUUCUGGGGUACAUGUGUAGAACAUGCAGGAUUGUCACAUAGAUACAUACAUGGCCCUGUGGUUUGCUGUUUCCAUCCCCCGUCACCUAUAUCUGUCAUUUCUCCCCAUGUUGUCCCUCCCCAACCUCCCUACCCCCACCACUGUCCCUCCCUUAUACCCCCCAAAGACCCCAGUGUGUGAUUUGUCCCUCCCUGUGCCCAUGUGUUCUCACUGUUCAACACCCACCUAUGAGUGAGAACAUGCGGUGUUUGAUUUUCUGUUCUUGUGUCAGUUUGCUGAGAAUAAUGGUUACCAGAUUCAUCCAUGUCCCUACAAAGGACACAAACUCAUUGUUUUUUAUGGCUGCAUAGUAUUCCAUGGUGUAUAUGUGCCACAUUUUCCUUGUCCAGUCUAUUGUUGAUGGGCAUUUGGGUUGGUUCCAGGUCUUUGCUAUUGUAAACAGUGCCGCAAUGAACAUACCUGUGCAUGUAUCUUUAUAAUAGAACAAUUUAUAAUCCUUUGGAUAUAUACCCAGUAAUGGGAUUGCUGGGUCAAAUGGGAUUUCUAUUUCGAGCUCCUUGAGGAAUUGUCACACUGUCUUCUACAAAGGUUGAACUAAUUUACUCUCAAAGCUAAUCCAAAGUUAAAAUUUAUUUUAAUAAAAAGAUGCUUACUGUAUUUUAAGUCAAAAUAGCAGAAUUGCAAAAUGUUUAGUACCUUCCCAUUUUUGUAAAACAUUAUAUAGUUAUUUAAUUGGAAAUAAGUCUAGAAGAAUAUAAGCAAAAAGUUAAUAAUGGUAAUCUAUCAAAGGGCUAAUAUCCAGAAUCUACAAAGAACUAAAACAGAUUUACAAGAAAAAAAAACCCAUUCAAAAGUGGGCAAAGGAUAUGAAAAGACACUUUUCAAAAGAAAACAUUUAUGCAGCCAACAAACAUAUGAAAAAAUGCUCAUCAUCACUGGUCAUUAGAGAAAUGCCAAUCAACUAGUAUUGAGAUACCAGUUAGAAUGGCGAUCAUUAAAAAAUCUGGAGACAACAGAUGCUGCAGAGGAUGUGGUGGUUCUUCAAACAGCUAAAUAUACUGUUAUCAUAUGACCUACCAGUUCCAUUCCUAGGUAUACUCCCAAGAGAAAUGAAAACACAUAUCCACACAAAAACUUGAACACAAAUUUUCAUAGCAGUAUUAUUCAAAUCACUAAAAAGUAGAAACAACCCAAAUGUCCAUCUACUGAUAAAUGCUUAAAUAAAAUACGGUAUAUCUGUACAACUGAAUAUUAUUCAGCCAUUAAGAGGAAUGAAGUACUGAUACAGCAUGUAUGAAAUUAGAAACAUUAUGCUAAACAAUGCCAGGCACAGUGGCUCACAUCUGUAAUCCCAGCACUUUGGGAGGCCAAGGCAGGUAGAUCAGUUGAGGUCAGGACUUAGAGACCAGCCUGGCCAACAUGGUGAAACCCCAUCUAUACUAAAAUACAAAAAUUAGCCAGGCAUGCUGGUGGGUGCCUGUAAUCCCACCUAUGGAAGAGCCUGAGGCAGGAUAAUCACUUGAACCUGGGAAGUGGAGGUUGCAGUGAGCCAGGAUUGUGCCACUGCUCUCCAGCUUGGGUGACAGUGAGACUCCAUCUCAAAAAAAAAAUAAUCACCACCAAAAAACAAAACAAAAAAAACCAUUAUACUAAGUGAAAGAAGCCAGACAUAAAAAGCCACAUACCAUAUUAUUUCAUUUAUAUGAAAUGUCCAGAAUAGGCGAUCUAUACGGACAGAGCAGAGAGAAGUGGUUGCCUGGGACUUGGAGGAGUGUUGUGGGAAAAUGAAGAGUGACUGCUAAUGCCUGCGGGGUUUUGUUGUAGGGUGAUGAAAAUGUUCUAAAGCUGAUAUAAUGAUCACACAAUUCUAUGAGUAUACUAAAAACCAUUAAAUUGUAUACUUUAAGUGGGUGAGUUGUAUGGUGUUAUAGGUUGAUUUGGGUCCACUAAAAAGAUAUGUUAAAGGCCUACCCUCUGUACCUUGAAUGUCACCUUAUUUGGAAAUGGGAAAUUUACAGAUGUGUUCAAGUUAAGAUGAGGCCAAACUGGAUUAGGAUGGCACCUAAAUCCAAGAACUGGAGAGAGAUUUGAAGACACGGAGGAGACACAGGGAAGAAUGCCAUGUGAUAACAGAGACAGUGAAGCAAUGAAGUUAUAAGCCAGAGAACACCAAGGACUUCUGACAACCACCAGAAUAUAGAAAGGAGGGAAAGCAUUCUUCCCCAGAGCCUUCAGGAGCAUGCCAUUGCUGACAUCUUGGUUUUGGAUGUCUAAUCUCCAGCACUGUGAGAAAAUAAGUAUUUUUAAUAAAAUAAAACAAUAUUCUGUAAAUUCUGUAAAUGUAAAAUAAAACAAAAUUCUGUAAAUAUUUAAUAAAACAAUAUUCAGUAAGACAAAUUCUGUUUUGUCUUUUUUUUUGAGAUGGGGUUUCGCUCUUCCUACCCAGGCUGGAGUACAAUGGCACGAUCUCAGCUCACCGCAACCUCUGCCUCCUGGGUUUAAGUGAUUCUCCUGCCUCAGCUUCCCAAGUAGCUGGGACUACAGGCGUGCGCCACCAUGCCCAGCUAAUUUUUGUAUUUUUAGUAGAGACAGGGUUUCACCAUGUUGACCAGGAUGGGCUCGAUCUCUUGACCUCGUGAUCCACCCGCCUCAGCCUCCCAAAGUGCUGGGAUUAUAGGCAUGAGCCACUGCGCCUGGCCCAAUUCUGUGGUUUUAAUCCUCCCAGUUUGUGGGAAUUUGUAGCCCUAUAAAACUAAUAUAUAUGGUAUAAUAUGGUAUGUGAAUUACAUCCUAAUAAAGCUGUUUUUUAAGAGCUUUGGGUUUUUGUCUUAAGUGGAAAUGUGUAUACUCUCUUGGUAGGGAGCAUUGGAAGCCUAGCCUAGAAGGCAAAAGGCAAAAAGGGAGUCUCUAUUCAUGCAGAUUUCUGGGGGGCACACCAUUAUGUUUUAUACAUAUUCAACUGUCUUUGCUGCCUGGAAGUAUAAAUCAGUUGUUCCCAUUUCCCCUCUGAAAAGGUCUUUUAUUCUUUCUCAUCUCAGGAACCCUUCUCUUACCUGUAUUUAAUUUUGUCACUGAGUCACAGACAGCACAGUCUUGCAGAUGUGAUCA